UCGGCCGGUGGGGCGGUGCAGGCUGGGGAAGCGGGCACCAGGCGGAGCCAUGGCGGAGCUGAGAGUGUUUCCCCUUUCCUGCGUUGUGCAGAAAUAUGCCUGGGGGAAGAUCGGCCCGGACAGCGAAGUGGCCAAGCUGCUGGCUAGCAGUGAUCCACUGGCACAGAUCGAUCCAGACAAGCCAUAUGCUGAGCUCUGGAUGGGAACCCACCCUAGAGGCGACGCUGUUAUUCUGGAUAAUCGAAUUCCCCAGAAGACCUUAGGACAGUGGAUAGCAGAUAAUCCUGGAUGCCUGGGAUCCAAGGUCAAGGAGACCUUCCAGGGCCAGUUGCCUUUCCUGUUCAAAGUGCUGUCGGUUAACACAGCCCUGUCCAUCCAGGCCCAUCCCAACAAGGAGCUGGCGGGAAAGCUUCACGCCCAGUUUCCCGAGCACUAUCCAGAUGCCAAUCACAAGCCAGAGAUGGCCAUUGCGCUGACCUCCUUCCAGGGCAUGUGCGGCUUCCGGCCCGUGGAGGAAAUUGUGGCUUUUCUCCAGAAGGUCCCCGAGUUCCGGGCGCUGAUUGGCAACGUGGCAGCGGAGCAGCUGGAGCGCAGUGUGUGCAAUGACCCCCGAGGCGUGUCUGCCGCGCUGCGGGUCUGCUUCACCAGGAUGAUGAAGAGCGAAAAGAAGGUCUUUGUGGACCAGCUGAACAUGCUGGUGAAGAGGAUUUCCCAGGAAGUUGCUGCGGGGAAGGACACCUCGGGGAGCAGUGGGAAGCUGCUGCUGCAGCUGCACUCGCAGUUCCCGGGAGACAUCGGCUGCUUUGCCAUUUACUUCCUGAACCUGGUGAUGCUGCAGCCAGGAGAGUCCAUGUUCCUGGGAGCCAACGAGCCUCAUGCCUACCUCUAUGGAGACUGCAUCGAGUGCAUGGCAUGCUCCGACAACACUGUGCGAGCCGGCCUGACGCCCAAAUUCAUUGACGUGCUCACCCUGUGUGAAAUGCUGAACUACACCCCAGCACCCAGCAGCUCCAAGGUCUUUGCCCCCACGCAGAGCCGCUUGGAUCCCUGUGUCUACCUCUACGACCCGCCUGUGCCAGACUUCACUGUCAUGAAAAUAGAGAUUCCCUCCUCUAUUAAGCUGUACCUCAUCUCAGCCAUCGACUCUGCCAGUAUCCUGCUGGUGAUCCAAGGCACGGCCGUGGGCACCUCCACCGCUGCCAUUUCUGAAAUGACCCUGCGCCGGGGCUCAGUGCUCUUCAUCUCUGCCAACGAGAGCGUCUCCCUGCACCUGUCCUCCCUGGAUGGAAUGCUGCUCUUCCGAGCCUGCUGCCUCCUCUAGUCUGGGACACUUGGCACCUACCCUGCUGUGACUCCACUUAGAAUAGAUAGAAACUGGCCUGCGCAAACUAGACUUGCGCAUGAUGGGUUAGCUUGAAACUUGCCCACAAACCACUGUGUCCAAACCUAAAGCAGCAGGGUCCCAAUCUGUAGAAACAGCAACUCCAACUCCCAUCCCCUGACUUGCAUCUCUUCAGCUCCCAGCAUUAAAUGAAGUGCUGGGAGGAAGAGUCCAUUACCUUCCCCCCUCCCAUUAUGUAACACUGUAGAGGCAGCUGCUCUCAUGUCUGCUCCAAGUGGAUAUGGAGAGUAAUAGGUGAGUUUCCCUAACAUAGUGCAUCCUGUAGUGCCAGCAGAGCAUUACCUGCACUGUGACAUCUGUUCCUUUUGGUCUCAAGUGGGCCAUGGAGUUGUAGCUGGAAGGGGGUGGGGGGGAAUGUGGUUGGGAUUUGUAUGGUGGUAAGAUGCAUGUAUACUAUUAAGAUAGGAGUCCCUUUCGGAGCUACCACAACUGGAAAGCACAGUACUGUAAGGGAACGCUGGUGAGUUCCUGCUCAAGGAAUGCUGUGCCAACCUGUCCGGGGGGAAGCUAUAGAAAAAGAUUGUUUGGUUGUUGCAGGAAACUCAGUGCUUUUUCUCCUAGCUCGUCAAUUUCCAUCCAUAGUGAUGCAGUUUC